UCCGCAGGUAGCAUGGUCGUAAAAACGUGGAUAAGUAUGGACCAAAACCCUUAAACCUGAACCUCGGGGGCAGACGCUUUUCUAGCAACUUUCCUCUAAAAUUAUGUCGAUUUUCCUUAUAGCUGGUCUUCACUCCACCUCCUUUCAUUUUUAUGGUUUUAUUUACUUAUUUUCUGUCUCCUAUUUCAUGGAAUCUCAGAUACACGCUACAACAUGGAAGGCGUAUUUAAUUACAACACUGCACAGUAAACUCUUCCAUCGCAGCGCGGCGGAGACACAAGCCUGGAGUGGCGCUAGUGAGUAACUACAGCGUCGAUUUGAGUACUGCAAACUGCUGCUGACAGUGUAAGGCGCCAUUAGUGCAAAACGCGACGCGGCGGCGAGCGAGGAAGGGCGCGUGCAGACCACAGACCAUCGCCGUGCCGUGAAGGGCGAGGGUGAGCCACCGAGGAGACAGGAGUACUGAAGGUGGGGUCUCUGCCAUGCACCGCCAACAGAUGACUGCACUGCUCCCAUACUCCAAGUAGCGUUGACUGAGUUCUUCUUUUCGUCUUCCGCGCUAACCCACAAGCAGCACCUCCGGGAGUGUUGCCUGGUGGUGCUCCUUCCGUUGACAGCGGGGCGAAGAUGGCACGCAGGUCGCAGCCAUCGUGGGCGAGGGCGCGUCACCUCACCACCAGGACCGUCAUGUUCUCCACGGUGACAGUGGCGCUGCUGUAUUGUGCGCUGCUCAUGGACGGGGCUCAAUCCCCAGGAAAACCGCCCUGGCUGGAGCUCAACACCUGCUCGCCGAGGAACAACGUCGCCUUUCUCAAAACCCACAAGUGUGCGUCCUCCGCCAUCCAGAACAUUCUCUUCCGCUAUGGCGACAAACACAACCUCUACUUCGCACUGCCGGAAAGAGGGAACUACUUCGGCGGCGGAAAACACCCCUUUAAGGCCUCCAUGGUCCAGUCCUCGCCCCUCAACAAGGUGACGCCCAAUAUCUUCGCAGUUCACUCCAAAUGGGACUACGAGGAGGUGAAAAAAACGAUGCCUGAAGACACUUCCUUCUUUACCAUCGUCAGGGAACCCACGGCUCUCUUCCAGUCCCUCUUCGAUUUCACCAUGAGGGAGGACGUGCUGGGGCUGACACUGGACCAGUACGUGAAGCAGGUGGGCUUCGCACAAGACAGAAGCUUCGGCUACUUGGGCUACAACCAGAUGUCCUGGGACUUCGGGAUGUCGCUGGAGGACAUGGACAACCUUACUGCCGCCCAUGAACUGGUGCGGCACGCAGACGCGCAGUUCGGGCUGGUGCUGGUGGCGGAGCGGAUGGACGAGUCGCUGGUGUUGCUGGCCAAGUACAUGUGCUGGGAGCUGCGCGACGUGCUGGUGCUGCGGGUCAACUCCCUCAGGGACGAGUUCAAGUCUUCCAUCAGUGAGGAGUCGCGGCAGGCGCUGCAGCAGAGGCUCGCCCCGGACUACCUGUUGUACAACCACUUCCUGGAGAAGUUCGACCAGCAGGUGGAGGCGUUCGGGCGGCGCAGGAUGGCGGCGGAGGUGGCCAGGCUGCGGGAGCUGAUGGCGCUGCUCGUCAGCAAGUGUAACUUCGUUAGGAAGGAAGCCUCGGGUCUCACGGGGAGGCAGAAGCCGAGGUCGUAUAAGGUGGACGGCUUCGUGGCAGCGCGAGGUGGAGAGGCGUGCGGGCUGUUCACCAUAGCAAAUCCAAUUUAUCUUGACCUUCUGAAGGAGAAGCAACGCAGGGAACUCCUCAACGGGACACAACAGGCUCCCAGCAGAUAACAGAUGCACAGCUGGAUAACAGAUAAUAGACAGACUACUACAUUUUGAACAUUUGAACAGUUUAUCCAUAGACUGUAACAAAAAUGGCAAAUAAUAACAGUGAAUAAUAAUGGCAUGAAAACGUGUCUAGCAUUUUUGAGGCCAAAACUUUUCAGGAGCAACAUAUACAUAUUAAUAAUAAUAAUGAUAAUAAUAAUAAAAAUAUUAAAUAGCCAA